ACAGCGACUGGCGGUCCGGAAGCGGUCGGGAACUCGGGAGCUCGCCGGCCGGUAGCGGAGUCCCGCAGUCCCUGGACCGACGAUGUGGCUUAUUGCUGCCAGGCGCGCCAAUUGAUGCGCGUGUCCGUUAUUCUCGACCAAUCCCGAUAUGUCCUCCUCGGGAAUACAUUUCAAAUAAUUGAACUUAGGUAUUUAUUUUCAAUAAACGAUUUCGUACAAAGUGCUGUGAAAAUGAAGUAUUUAAUUUUCAAUGCAGUUUUCAUUGUGGUUUUUUAUAGUACGUGUGCACAAAAUGUUUAUGAACAGGUUGAGGCAGUAUUGGAACGCACUGCCGAACUAACUUGCAAUGUUACUGCGGAAACUGAAAACGACAAACUUAAAAUACUUGCCUGGUAUAAAGAUGGAUCGUCGGCUGCAUUCUACAGCAGUCGAGACCUACGCGUGGGCAACGGCACGGUAUCGUCGGCAGACCGGCGGUACCGGCUGGUCAGCUCGGAGGCGGGGCAGGCGACGUUGCAGAUCCUGGAGACGCGCGCCUCGGACGCUGGCCGCUACAUGUGCCACGCUGACUUCGCGUCUAGUCCCGCCAUCAAGACAUUUCUAGAACUCACUGUCAUCGAACCGCCGCAGCAACUUUGGGUGAUCUACGAGAAUGGCAGUCGCGUGGCUACCUCGCGGGCCGGGGCCAACACCAGUCGGAACAUCGGCCCGUACUACGUCGGCGACACUAUCCACUUAUACUGUGUCGCCUUCAAAGGCCAACCUCAGCCAACAGUUUUCUGGUGGUCAAAGAAACGUUUGCUGAAAAUUAAAGACUCAUCGAUCCCGCUGUCUGAUCUGCGCGUGCGCAGCGACCUCACCUACGGGCCUUUGGAGCGCGAGGACCACGGUCACGUGCUCUCCUGCUUAGCUAACAACAACAACCAUACUACACCGCUGUAUAUCGAUGUAGUCAUCGAUAUGCUUCUGCCACCAGUGUUGGUGACUCUACACGACCCUCGAGGCAAGGCAUUCAAUGGCGGCCGCGCAAUUGCGGGCGAGAUCUUAGCUCUCCAGUGUCGGGUGCUGGACGCGAGACCCUCGCCCGCUAUCUCCUGGAAGUUGGAUCAGGAUGUCUUACAGCUGGAUCAGAAUUUCACUAUGGACACGGGUCAACGGCUGACGGUAAGCGACGUGCAGCUGAAAGUGCGGCGGGAGCACGACGAGGCGCGCGUCACGUGCUGCGCGACCGCCUACAACCACGGCGGCGACCGCUCGCUGUGCGCCAAGCCGCUGCCGCUUCUAGUCACAUACAAACCAGUCUUGAAAAUCGUAGUCACCGAAGAACUGGAGGACAAUGUUCUUUUCGCUGCAAAGGGCGCUACUGUCAUUUUAACAUGUGUAGUUGAUGCGAAUCCAGCUGCUUACUCAAUAACAUGGUUUCAUGGGGAAAAUGAAGUUUAUAGAGAAAACAACCUACCCUUGAAAGGGAAAUUCAUACUGGAGAACGUGACGGUGGCUGAUGCAGGAGAGUACGCAUGCGCCGCAGACAACGACAUGGGCUACGACUACAGCGAACCCAUUGUGGUUAACGUUACGUAUACACCAUAUUGUAGGAACGAAGCGAGAGUGCAAUACGGGAGCCGCGAGGACGAGAGCGUGAACAUAACGUGUGACGUGGACUCGAACCCACCACCCGUCUCGUACCGCUGGGUCGUGGUAAAGGACGAUGUCAACGCCAGUACUCUGCGGAACCACUCCCAUAUAACCAUAGACACGGAAGAUCCGGUACUGGAGUACCAGAGGCCGAAUGACACCGUUAUUAGCACAAUAUUCUGCUGGGGUAUGAACAACAUAUCGAGUAACGGGCAGCCGCACACGCCAUGCGUGUCGCUGGUGACCGCUGAGACGCCGCCGUGGCCGCCCGCCGAUUGCGGCGCCCGCAAGAACACCGUCGACGUCAUCGACAUCCACUGCGAAAUGGGCCACGAUGGCGGAUCGCCUCAGACAUUUCUGUGCAUCGUAAAAUCAACAAUAACACCAGACGAGAUCUUCACGUCGAUUACUAGAUCGGAGCCAACUUUCGUCGUGAAUGAGCCCAGUCAAGAGGAAUAUGAAAUCAUAAUCAUAGCAUCCAACGCCAAGGGGAAUAGCACUUCAGUAGCAAUUAGUAAAAGCGAAAUUACAGUGUCGAAGUUAUUGCCUAGUGCCGUAGAAGACAUCACGACGCUGACGCUGGCGCUGUGCGGCGGCGUGGCGCUGGUCGCGCUGGCGGCGUGCGGGCUCGUGCUGUGCGCACGCGAGCGCGCCGAGCGUGCGGAUCUACCGCGCGUGCGCGAGGAUCCGCCGCUGUGUGCUUAUAACACUGAAGAAUCAAACUGUGAAACUUGUCAUGAUAGCGACGAAAGCGAAUGUAACGUUCGACGAACAGAAUCAUUUCGGAGAGCUAUGGCAAAAUAUCCUUCUUCAAAAAAUUUUGACGUGCGACGAACCAGUUCGUUCCACUCAGCGCGAUACAUGAACGAAAUGGCAGCGGAACAGGAAGCCACUAGCAAAUUCAAUGAAGGUCUACAACAUAGUGCUAGUUGCAGAAUGCAUUCUCUUCAAAAUAUAAGCAGAAAACGAGAUAUGGACGCCCUGUGCGACCACCUAGUAAUGCAUUUACCGCCGGAGACAAAUUACCCAGCCCCUAAACCUAUGAACACAUUCUACACAAUGCCCAGGAAAAUGAGGAACAAGUUGGCCAAAGAAUUGAGCGAUGAAACUUCUGAAAUCACUCAAGCUUCAGACCAGUUUUCUUUGCCUCCGCCGCCCGAUGAAUAUGGCUCGUACCGCGCGGGCACGAGAAUACGAGACAUGCCCACUAAAUCGAACCCCCCUUACACUACAAUAGUAAGAAAAAACGUUGCCAAAGACGAGCAGAAACAGCAAUGCAGUAACGUCAUAAUAUCACCAAUGAAUACUGUCGGUUUGCCCACUAUAAGUGGACAGACAAGCGUUUACAGCUACCCAGAUGACCAUAAUCAUCAUGCGCUCCAGACGGCACCCGCGACAUUAACAACUUUCCAAAGCUAUUCUAGUCCUAAGGAAUCUGGAUUAUAAGAACGAUGACUGGAUUAUAGAAUUUUAUAGUUCAAUAAAGUUGAGAGAUCUCAUAAGCAUUAAAUAAGGC